AUCCAGAUGGGGAUUAACGACUUGUAGACAUUAAAUAAACCUUAAGAGAUUGAACAGUCUGUACUCACUGAAAGCUUUCUAUUCAACCCUGAAAAAGUAUGUUGUGUCUGUGAGGUGAUAUCUCAGAGGCCAAAAACAAUAUACAAUAGUUCAAGCUACAGUGCUUCAAGUAAGAGGGCUUGCAGAGUUGAAUGAAUGAUACUUUAUGAGCGUUCAAGCUCACCGAUGACCUAAAAACUAGCAGAUUAAUGCACUAAUCAGUCCAAAUAAUCAGCAUUUUUAAAUCGGGAAUCAGUGAGAAAACAAUGGCAUAAGAAAUGAUCCAAAGCCAUUCAAAAACAAUCAAAUGCUGCAAAUGAAAAAAUGCUGUAAUCACCCAAAGAAAAAUGUUGCAAAUGCCACACAACACAACCGCAUGAGAGAAAAACGUUAUGCUAACGUCUUCAUGCUAACAAAUGCACCUUUUGUCAUCCAACUUUCCUUUUGUUCUGUGUAGUUGCAGUUGUUUUGGGUUUUUUUUGUGUGUUUUUGGACACCGUCUUCCAUCAUUCAUUCAUUCAUUCAUUUUCUACCGCUUUUUCCUCACGAGGGGCGCGGGGGUGCUGGGGCCUAUCCCAGCUGCCAAUCACAGGGCACAUAUAGACAAACAACCAUUCACACUCACAUUCAUACCUAUGGACAAUUUGGAGUGGCCAAUUAACCUAGCAUGUUUUUGGAAUGUGGGAGGAAACCGGAGUACCCGGAGAAAACCCACGCAUGCACAGGGAGAACAUGCAAACUCCACACAAAGAUGGCCGAGGGUGUCUUCCAUCAUAAUGUGGUUUUAGUACUAGCGUUAGUGCAUAUACAUGGCAAGUCACCUUGUUUAUAAUAAAUAAGAUACAUUUUCACUAGUUCGGGAUGGUAAUUAUUUCUCAGGAUUUAUGUUGAAUACAUUUCCAAUUCAUUUUUUUGGGGGGGGCGGGCACCAAGCCAUGGGGUUGUGCGAAACCUAGCUCCGUCCCUGCUGCUGUCCGGCUGCUAUGCUAGCUGUUGACCAGCAGGCGGAGGCCAGCUCCAGUCCGUCCGGUGAUGGGAGGAGGCUGUUUGUUGACAUAGUAAAGACCCCACUCUUUCGCUCACUCGCCGCGGUCAGCGUUUUCCCCUCGUUUGUGUUCGCCUCUGUGGUCGGGAGAGGACAAACCGAAGAGAAAGAGGACGCUAGCGACGCUAAAGAUCCGUUUCAGUGAUGGUCGCCCCAGCAAGCCAGAGGAUGUGGUCCCAGGGAGGGACGCCACCCCUCCUAACGACGACCCCUUAACGCCGUGGACCCCGUCAACUUCCCGCUGCGAUGGAUAGUUGUCGCCAUCACUUGCUGCCCCUCAUCGUGGCUCUCCUGGGCUUUCUGAUCUCCCAUGUGACCACCCUGACCUCCAGGGUCUCCUUCCCCAUAGGUAGCCCCGGGAGACAUCUCACCCGCUUCAGCAUCCCCGACGUGGGCAACACCACCACGCUGCUGCUGAGCGACGACGGAGACACGCUCUACGUGGGAGGGAGGGAUGCAGUGUUAGCGCUGGACGUUAGCCUCAAGGAUGCCAUCGUACUGAGGAACAAGCUUGACUGGAGCCCUUCAGAGAAAGACCUGGACCAGUGUUCUAUGAAAGGCAAGAAAAUGACGGACUGUCCUAAUUUCAUCCGCGUGUUGCAGUUCCUGAACGCCACCCACAUCUACGCCUGUGGAACAUUUGCCUUCAGUCCGCGUUGCAUCUACAUUAACUCUCAGACGUUAACAGUGAGCCUCAAGCCUGACGAGGGACGAGGUCGCUGCCCCUACGACCCAUACCAACGCAACACUGCUAUCAUCGUGGAUGGAGAGCUGUACACGGGCACGGUGGCCGACUACAGGGGCAACUGGCCGUUAAUCUCCCGCCACCUCAGCGAGGGCGCACGUGUGGACCUCAAGUUGGAUGACACCUUGGGGUGGCUGGAGGAUCCUACCUUCAUCAGUUCCACCUUCCUUCCCGAUGACGGCAAAAUCUACUUCUUCUUCAGCGAAGUGGGCAGAGAGUACGACUUCAUUGACAAGUUCAUCGUGUCUCGAGUUUCUCAAAUCUGCACGAGUGACGUCGGGGGCCAGCGGACGCUUCAGAGGCGCUGGACCACCUUUGCCAAAGCUCAGCUGCUGUGCCAGGCGGACAACGAGCUGCCCUACAACGUCAUCCAGGACAUCGACAGCCUCCCGCCAAUAGAGGGCGCCCCAGUCGACGACAUGCUAUUUUAUGGCAUCUUCACCUCUCAGUGGUCUGUCAACUCGGGGCAGUCGGCGGUGUGCUCCUUCCGCUUGUCGGACAUCAGGUCGGCUUUCUCGGGCAACUACAAAGUCCUGAACCGCGACACGUUACAGUGGAGCACGCGGGUUCAGGAGAAGGUCGCCAAUCCGGGUGAGUGCGGCUUGCACAACGCGUCAGACAACGCUCUACGUUUCGUCAAAGAAAACUUCCUGGCUGACGACAGCGUGCGGUCGGUGGGAAGGAGUUUGACCCUAGUGUCCGCCGAGCACAUCUACAGCCAUCUGAGCGUCCAGAGGGUCCAGGCGGCCAACAACGUGGCCUACACAGUCCUCUUUCUCCUCACGGAGUCGGGCUACCUUCACAAAGUGGUGCUGCUGCAGAGCGGCGCCCACAUCGUGGAGGAGGUGCAGGUUUUUGAGAAACCGCAGCCUGUCAAGAACCUGAAGCUGUCCGUACCCAAGGGUGUGAUAUACGUGGGUACAUCAGAGGGUGUGCUCAGGCUCUCAACCGCCAACUGCUCUUUCUACUGGACCUGUGCUCAGUGUGUCCUGGCGCGAGACCCCUUCUGCGGGUGGGAUCCCUCCCUCCGGGCUUGUGUUAAGGUUUCCAGCGGCCACGCUAACCUUGGCCAGGAUGUAGUCAGCGGCAACGUGGAAAAGGCCUGCAAAAGUGUUGCAUUAACACACAGAACCCAGUUUGGAUCCAACAACUUGCCUGCAGCCUCCUGUCCCACAGGUGAGCUGGUGUCUGUGUCUCUAAACGAGGUGGUGCGACUGCAGUGUCCCGCCGCAUCCCGCCUGUCCCGCCAGUCCUGGGAGCGUCCAAACAGCCGCCUGUCGUCUGAUCUAUAUCUGCACCUGGGGGACGGCAGCCUGAGCUUUGUGGCCACCCCGGCCACGCUGGGCCACUACCUCUGCUUGUCCACGGAGAACGGCUUCCAGCAGACUAUGGCCAUCUACCACGUCAAACAGAGGAGCAGCCCCCCGCCUCAGACGCCCACCAAUCAGGGACGGCCACAGACACACCCCUCGCCUACGGGGUGGCAAGCCAGGCCAAAAAGGACUGAAUCCAAGCAGGCUGAUCCGACGUUAGCCAGUGGGGACGCUCGGACCACCGCAGGGCAGGGGGGCAGGAAUUUCACCCUGUGGAUGGUGAAAACGGCGCCCAAAGAGGCCGCCUUCCCAGACGGUGAGCCCCUGAGGUCAGGAUCGACUCCCUGUUACCUGAAGGAGCUGGUGGUGGUGUCCGUCCUCUUGGUGCUCUGCCUCAGCCUCCUUCUCACCAUUUUGCUGUAUGGCGCCAAGCAGCGAUGGCGCAGUCGCACAGCCCCGCAGGCGCCAGGCACGCCCUGCCGAGACUCGGACAGAAGGACCCCCGUGGAGCACGAGGCCCUGCGGGGGAACCCGUGUCAGAGCAAGCGCAACGGACACAUCCAUCACGGCGGACAGGCUAGCGGCGUGCUCUGUAACGGAGCACUCACAGGCUCCAACGGCCACUUGCCCAACACGCCCAUCUGAGUAUUCAUGACUGGUGGAACACGGCAGGAGACGCCCUCCACGGACACGCACGGUCUGUUUGCAAAGCCGACCCUCAGGGUGGGGAACGGUACUGGAUGCGUUCGGAUGAAAGACUGUGGUAAUUUAAGUGUUGACACUUGACGGGUUCAUUGCUACAAAGGAAUUUUAGGACCACACUGAUCAGAAAAAUAGUAGACCAGUCUAGUACAGGGGUCGGGAACCUUUCCAUGACAGCCAUAUAAUAUGAUUCCUGUCAUGUUUUUCUUUAAAAUGUCGUUAGCGGUGGUUAACGCGCAGACCUCACAGUUAGGAGACCAGGGUUCAAUUCCACCCUCGGGCAUCUCUGUGUGGAGUUUGCACGUUCUCCCUGUGUAUGCGUGGGUUUUCUCCGGGUACUCCGGUUUCCUCCCACAUUCCAAAAACAUGCUAGGUUAAUUGGUGACUCCAAAUUGUCCAUAGGUAUGAAUGUGAGUGUGAAUGGUUGUUUGUCUAUAUGUGCCCUGUGAUUGGCUGGCCACCAGUCCAGGGUGUACCCCGCUUCUCGCCCGAAGACAGCUGGGAUAGGCUCCAGCAACGCCUCGUGAGGAAAAAGCGGUAGAAAAUGAAUGAAUGAAUGUCAGAAAAUACAAAUUUCUCAUCAAUUUUAUCAUAUUAAGAGAUGUUUCAGAGCCACAUCUGGCUCCAGAGCCAUAGGUUCCCUACCCCUGGUAUAGGCAUAAUAAUAAUAACAGCAAAAGGUUGUACAUUUGAAUAAUGUCAUAAUUUUACAAGAAUAGUAACUAGUAACUAGUUAUCAGGGGAAAAAUAUACAUAAUGAGAAUAACAUCUAAAUGAAAUGAGUAUGAUUUUUGUCAUCAGUACAAGUUUUUGUUGUAAUAUUGCACUUUUAUUCUCGUAAUAUUUCUACUUUAUUCUCGUGUUAUAAUCGUAAUUUUCUGACUUCAUUGCUGUAGGUUUUUUUCCUCUCAGUGUGGCCAUAAUAUUCCUUUCCUAAGAUGCCCAGUGGCUGCAGAGUGAAUGUUUUUCGUGUGUCUUUUCACCUAACUGGAUUCUACCAGUGAAGACAAGCUAGUUUCGAUGCCAUGUGACUGCUACAGGUACGCUUCCUACAGCCACAAAAAGCAAAAAUGACUUUUUGGGUUGAGUUUUAGGAAAUAACACAAGGCAGUAGUUUGCACAUUCUGGUCCUUUUAUGAUGGUACUAUGGAACUUCACUUUUUCCUUCUCAAUUCUCAUGUCCCUGAUGAUUCCAGCAGCAUUGACUCUCUACCUUCAGCUGUCUGGCUAUUAUGGGAUAGCAUUGCACACGUGCCUUGGCUACAUGAGCUGCUGUGACUGACACUCUUGGACCCUACAAUAAUGUGAUUAUUCCACCAUUUCAAGUGCACAUAGUCUUGUGCGAAUGUCAGGUGAUCGUUUUAAGCAGUUUUAAUGUUGUAAAACAGGGUGAAUAUUGUACUUGGCUGGAUGUAAAUGGCGUUUCAAGUGAAUCGGGACCAAAUGGGCUGAGUGUUUACUCUUUUUUGGAUGUAUUGUAUGCCUUUGUCUUGCCUUUUUUUAGGACAAGCAUUCCUUGUUCUUACAACACAUUUCCAUUGUGGUGUUUUGGGGACUGUGUUUGGAAAUGACCACUCCAUUUCAUUAAAGUCACCAGCCUGAAACGGCGUGUUUGUGU